AUGGCCGCUUUAAUGCUUGCUGUGCAAGAGGAAGUUGCACGACGUAGAGCCUUUAGAAGAGAACGAGUAUUCCGAGACCGGUUGCAUCCCCUCGACGCGUACAAUGAUCUUGAACUCUACCGAAGGUAUAGACUAGACCGAGAAACACUUUUGGAACUAAUCGAUGCUGUGGGAGAUGAACUCGAUCCAAUAACACUUCGUAACCAUGCACUUCCGAGGGAGCUCAAAGUCCUAGCUGCCCUGCGCUUUUAUGGUACGGGAUCCUUUCAGAUACUCACCGGUGACUCGGUACAAAUUUCUCAACCGACGAUGUGCAGGGUAAUUUCCCAAGUUACCCGUGCCCUUCUGGCACUAGUUCCCAAGGUCAUCAAGUUUCCUGCGCUGGAUGAAAUUCCUAAUAUUGUUGAGGAAUUUCACAACAUAGCCAAUUUUCCCAGUGUGUUGGGACUUGUGGAUGGAACUCACGUGUGGAUUUUGGGUCCAUCGCAGCAUGAAUGGCGUUAUAUCAAUCGGAAAGGGUACCAUUCGAUAAACACCCAGGUUGUGAUGGACGCACAAUAUCGAUUUAUAAAUGUCGUUGCUAAGUGGCCGGGUAGUACGCAUGAUUCGGUCAAUUUGAGAGAGAGUGGACUUUCAGAGAUCAUGUCGCGUCGGGAUGGUGAAGAAAUAUUACUUGGGGAUAGUGGAUACCCUGUUCGACCAUGGUUGAUGACUCCGUUUCUUAACCCCGAGACAGCAGCACAACGUCGCUACAACAAGUCCCACAAGAAAACGAGGUGCCUUGUUGAGAGGGGAAUUGGUCAAUGGAAACGAUGGUUCAACUGCCUGCAUGGUCAACUCAGAUACAGCCCACAGAAAUCAUGCGAGAUAAUUGCGGUGUGUGCAGCCCUUCAGAACAUUGCAGUUAACAGAGGACUGCCAGACUUCGAGGAUCUGCCUAUUGAGCAUCAGCAGCCACGGCAACCACAACCUGAUGAUGACCACGAAAAUGUUGCUGUACUUCCAGAUAGACCAAAUGGAGCUGCCGCCAGGAACGACAUUGUGAACAAUCACUUCCAGUAA